GAAAAAGAAGCGCCCCGUCAGGUUUUAAAUCAUAACCUUCUGUUUUGGCUGUAUGUCCGGGUCCGUAUGGGACGGCUUCUGGGUCCGGUCCCGGACCGCGGUCCGCCUGUUAGUGACCCCUACUGUAAGGUUUCAACCGAACCAGGGAGAAAAAUGCCUUUUCGGUCAAUUGGAUAGACCUACAACCAAUCAGAGCAACGUAGUAUGUGACGUAUGUUAAGCGACGCAUAGUUGUUGUCAGAAGAACUCAGCUGCACGCGCAGUAAAAGAAGAAGAAGAUGAGUAAAAACGAUUUUUGCCGGUGUUGUAAAAAGUAUUUAAGGAUACACGGACAACUCAGCAACACGAACAACCUUUUUGAGAGAAACGGUAAAGACGAGUCCACGUACGAAAAAGUUCUCCGUUUGGGAUUACGACUCCAAAUCACAUCGAAGAGGUCGUGUCGCAUUUGUCGGUCCUGUAAGAACCUGAUAACACGGCUGGAACGCGACCUCCCCGUGUUUAAGAAAUGGACAGACGACGAAGGAGACAGGGCUGAAGAAGCGUGUCCAUCUGGGGCAUCACAGGAAAGAGACCGGGGGCCUCGUCCCUCCAUGACGCCCGGGGCUCUGAAGAAGUUCUGCCCCGAUCCGUCAACUCCAACCGGUACCACAACGCGAGGCAGCAUCACAGAGGUUGUCACCCAUUACCCAUCACAGACUGUUGCCAAGAUGUCUUCGGAGCCCCCGCUGGUCGGAGGCGGAGCUGCAGGGAAAGCGACUUCCUCUUCAGUCGUGGCAGGAGACAGGAAAUGGGACGGAGGCGGCGGGAUGGACCAGAUCAACGUGGUGAGAAUAGACGACACUCACAUCGCAGAGGAGCCGUCUGACCUCGGGGGAAAGGUUAAAGGUGAAGCAGUGGACUACUACGAGGUGGAGUACUCGAUACCUGAGGGGGACGAGGAGGCGGAGGAGGAGGCGGAGGAGGAGGACAGCCUCUACGUCAUUGAAUAUUCAAAUCCAGAGGAGGAGGGGGACAGCUACCAGUUCACCAUGUCUGUGGAUAGAUCGCUCUCAGAUAAACGGCCGGUCAAACAUCCAGUGGUCAAAGAAAACGCCACAGCUCCUUCAGCGAUGACGUCCAGAACUCAGGGGUCAUCCAGGCAGACGGCGAAUCAGAAGAGGAAGAGGAGAACAGAAGAAGAGGAGGGAGCUAUCAGAGGGCGUGGAGCUCUGAGAGGACGACAGCGAUGUGAGGGAGUCGGGGAAAGAACAGCUGCUGUGCCCGCCGCCCAAAAAACUUCAGUUCUGGCCAUUCAUUUAAAACAAAUGCACCAGAUGGAGGGCAGGUGGAAGUUCUUCUGCACGUCCUGCAAACAAGCGGUUCCCAGUCAGACCGAGUUGGAUGCUCACAGGCGGCGCCACACCAACGAGGACGUCGUCUUCUCCUGCAGCCUCUGCCCGGAGACACCUGGAGCAGGAGCACCCGGGCGCCAUCCCUCGCUGCAGCAUAUGUGACAGAAGCUUCUAGACAAUCGAGACGAACCUCGCCGAUCAGUUCAGGCACGUGGGGGGGGGGGUCGCCGUUCCACUGCGCCCAGUGUCAGAUCCACGAGAGGAGGGAGAGGGGUCUGAGCGUGCACAUCAGAAACCACCAGAAGAAGCAGCAGCAGCCCCGGCCGACACUCAAGGACUUCACCAACACAGACAACUCGAUAACAGACGACUCAGACUUCUGACGCUGCAGAUUCCACGUUCACUUGGGUCAGUGUUUGUAGAAGCACCAGCUCAGUGACUUCCUGUUUGUCAGAGGGACACGCCCACUGGGAAGUUUCCCGACAUUUUCCUGCUGUUUUCUGAAAACAAGACUUGUUUUAGGAGUUCAAACAUUAUUUUUUGCAGUCACUGGUAUUAAAAACACUAAUAUCUUCACUAAACGCUGUAAAAAGUAUGAGAAUAAAAGCUUUUCCGUUAAA